CUCCUUCUUCUUCUUCUUCCGCUUCAACACUUCAAAGUAGCAAAACACUCUCCCGAACUAGCUAGCUCGCAAUGGCCGCGCAAGAAGCUGAAGCAGCAGUCCCGCUGAAGCUCCACGGCGCGGCGAUGUCGGCCUGCACCGCCCGCGUCCUGACCUGCCUCCACGAGAAAGGCCUCGACUUCGAGUUCGUCCCCGUCGACCUCUUCUCCGGCGAGCACAAGCUCCCCCCUUUCCUCUCCAUCAGCCCUUUCGGCCUCAUCCCCGUUCUCCAGGACGGCGACCUCACCCUCUUCGAGUCCAGAGCAAUUACAGCAUACAUAGCGGAGAAGUACAAGGACACGGGCUCCGACCUCCUCCUGACACGUCACGAGGCCGGUCCCGCCGCCGCCGCCGCGGCGGUGAAAGUGUGGACGGAGGUGGAGUCGCAGCACUUCAACCCGGCCAUCGCUCCGAUCGUGUACCAGUACUUCGUGGCGUCGAUGCAGGGCGGGUCGCCGGACCAGGCGGCGAUCGACGGCCACGCCGAGAAGCUGGGGAAGGUGCUCGACGUGUACGAGGCGAGGCUGGAGAAGAGCAAGUACCUCGCCGGAGAUUCCUACAGCCUGGCGGAUCUCCACCACGUUCCGUACACCUACUACCUCAUGAAGACUCCCGUGGCGGCCUCCGUCGUCGGCGGCCGGCCGCGGGUGAAGGCGUGGUGGGAGGAUAUCUCCGGGCGGCCGGCGUUUCUGAAAGUUGCUCAAGGGAUGGAGUUUGUUGCUAAAGAGAAGUGAAUUAAUGGCUUAUGGUAUUUAAUUAAGUAAUUAAUUAAUUGUACGGUUUGAUUCUACAAAUCGCAAUAUAUGUACGUUGAAUAUCAUCGUUUUAGUAGUUGGUUAUUCUAAACACUGGUAGUCGGUUUAAAGUAGCGACAUUAUUGGAGGUCUUGAGGAGUAUGAGGUUAGACAUCGGAUUGAUUUAUUUCCGUUUUGCGACAUAUUUCAAUCGUCAAUAAUCGGCCUCUUCUUCUAGAGCAAUGUACCAUUGAGACACUAGUAGUAGUCGGUUUAAAGUAGGGACAUUAUCGGAGGUCUUGAGGAAUAUGAGGUUAGACAUCAAAUUGAUUUAUUCUCGUUUUUG